UCAGCGCCGCGUCCUCGCGGAAGGAAACGGCUGCCCCUUCCUCGUCCACCUCGAGGCCGCCUUCCAGUCGAAGGACCGCCUCUUCUUCGUGAUGGAAUUUAUUUCCGGUGGCGAUCUCAUGUUCCACAUCCAGCGUCAAGGCCGCUUUGGCGAGAUUGCGACUGCAUUUUAUGGUGCCGAGAUCCUGGAAGGACUCUGGUUCCUCCACGACCGCGGCAUUGUCCACCGUGAUCUGAAGCUCGACAACGUCAUGCUGGACCAGGACGGCCACAUCAAGAUCACGGACAUGGGCAUGUGCAAGGAGGGCAUGCUGCCGGACCAGACGACCGGCACAUUCUGCGGCACCCCAGACUACAUUGCGCCCGAGAUCAUCCACGGGAUGCCGUACAACAAGUCUGUCGACUUCUGGGCGCUCGGUGUGCUGCUGUAUGAAAUGCUCAUUGGCCGCCCUCCGUUUGACGGCGCUGACGAUGACGAGUUGUUCGACAACGUCAUUGCAAAGGACAUCCGUAUUCCCAGCGGUGUCCCCACCGCCGCAGCCUCCCUCCUCCGCGGGCUGAUGCAGAAGCGCCCCUCCUCGCGUCUUGGCUGCGGGCCAUCGGGCCGGCGUGACAUUAUGGAUCACCCCUUCUAUCGCCACAUGGACUGGGACAAACUCAAGGCCAGACAGGUGAAGCCCCCAUUCAAGCCCCCUUCGUCUCGGGAUCCAACAGCCAACUUCGACCGCGAAUUCACGCGCGAAAAGGUGCACCUCACCCCAAUCCCAAAGGCUGCCAUCAAGGACAUCGACCAGAAGGCGUUUGCGGACUUCGACUUUGCGGUGCCGCAGUGAUGUGAUUCAAACCACCGUCGUACUUGCACUCCUCCUCGCCUGCUGACAGUACGUCUGCUCUCUCCGACAACCACCCCCUCAACCAUUGUCUUGCUGCGCGGGUUUGUUGGCUUGCUGCUUCGUUGCGUUGCUCUUUUGUUCUUCUUCCUACUUUGCUGCGUGAGACCACACCGCUUCUCUCAAGCAGCAGCACCACAACCUCUGUUGCCCGCACUUGGCGUGUUGCCCCCUGUUCUUUCGUGUCCUUCCUGUCAUCGUUCCAUCCCCAGUCGCCCUUUUGUCUACCUUCACACCUGUGUUGUUCUUGUUGAUUCGUUCUUGAUCUUCUUGGUCUUGUUGUUGGUACGCACCACGCGCCUCCUUUUGCCGGUGCACGUGUGUCUUGUUGCAUUCUUCUUGGUCUACCUGACUGGUCGUUCCCAGAGUUACAUACAGUGCAACUUGCGCGCAAC